CCUCGCUAUCUUGUGACGAAAUUCCUGCAUGUGCCAAUAACUUUCGUCUGUCGCCAUCAAGUUUUUUCAAAUUAUAUUCACCGUUUUCAAUUAAUGAAAAUACGAUUUAUGAAGAUGAAUUAAGAAAUACUGCAAAAAAGCUUCUUUCUGUUUGUGCUUCAUUGGGUGAAAAUCCGUUAAUUAGAUAUCAAAGAUCACUUGAAGCCGAUCAUCCAACAAAAUCUUUACCUUAUAAAUUAGCUAUGCUGUUACAAGCAGAAUUAGAUCAAUAUGUAAAAACUAACCCAAAUUUUCCUCCACAAGAUAAUCAACGUCCACGAGCUGUUUUGUUUGUUUUUGACAGAACUAUUGACAUGUAUUCGCCUUUUCUUCAUGAGUUUACUUAUCAAGCAAUGGCCAAUGAUCUUCUAAAAAUAGAAAACGGACAAAAAUAUAAUUAUACUUAUGUUGAUCAAGAUGGUCAACCUGCAACUAAGGAUGUUGUUUUAGAUGACAAUGAUAAGGUUUGGGUCGAGGUUAGGCAUAAACACAUGAAGGAUUGUAUAGAUAAACUUAUGAAGGAUUUUAAUGAAUUUUUGGGUGAAAAUUCAGAAUUUACCGACAAGGAUAAAGCAGCCAAUUUAAAUGACAUGAAAAAAAUGAUGGCAACUUUACCACAAUUUCAAAAUAUGAAAGAAAAGUUUUCUGUACACUUGAAUAUUGCACAAGAAUGUAUGAGUAUAUUUGAAAACGAAAUACUUGCAGAAACAGCCACAAUAGAACAAAAUUGCGCAACAGGAUUUACAUCUGAUGGAUUACAUCCAAAAACUUUAGUUGAAGAAAUGGUACCUUUAUUAGAUAAUCCAGUUGUUAGUUCUGUAGACAGGGUUAGAAUGCUUAUGCUUUAUAUGAUGUAUAAGAAUGGUAUAUUUGAUGACGACAGACGAAAGUUAUUGGCACAUGCAGGAAUUUCGUCACAAGAUAGCGAGGCUAUUAAUAAUCUGGGAUUAUUUGGUGUUAAAUUAGUUAAGUCUCCACAAGGUAAUAAAAGAAAAGUUAAAAAAUAUCGACAAAAACCUGGAGAGGAAAUAGAAUAUGAAAUUUCUCGAUAUGUACCGAGAAUUAAGCUUGUUUUGGAGAGCCAUAUCGAUAAUUCAAUAGAUCAUACAGCAUAUCCUUAUACAAAAGAUCCUACAGGGGAUCCUGAUGGAUCAAAAGAUACGCAAGGACCAGUUUCUUUAAGAACUGCACGAUCUGGAUGGUUUAAGAGAGGACAAGCAACAGAAAAUCGUAAUAUUGGUAGAAUAAUAGUAUUUGUUGCAGGAGGUGUGACAAAUUCCGAACUUCGUAGUGCAUAUGAGAUUACAGAAAAAUAUAAUAGAGACGUGAUUAUUGAUUUAAAACUUCUCAGAAACCAACCUAGAAGACCUAAUCAACAAAGAAGUCAAAAACCAUCGUUACCAAGUCAACAACAAACGGGUGGACAUUAUCCACAGCAAGUUGGAUAUUCACAAGGUUAUCAACAAAGUUACUCUCAACAACAACUUCCUCCUCCUCAAGGAUAUGAACAACCAGUACCAAUUACUUUUAUUUUAUAG